UAUGCUGUUUUAUUAUCUAAUGUGCAGAGGGGGCAUGGUUCUCUCUGCCAUAAACUUUGAGGAUCGGUGAUGAUUAUCUAUCAUAUGUGAGGAGGAAAACAAAGACAGUAAGACAUUAACCGGGGCGUGUAAAUGAUUGAAUGAAUCACUGAAUAGCAUGUCUGUGAAGGGGCAUGUUAACCUAGACGCAGCGAAAUACUCUUCAGACUUUGAUCAGAACUACUGGAGAAGGUUAAUACGCAGAAAGCAAUCCGGGUGUGAAACGACAGUCACAAGUUCUCCUGUCAGCUUGAAGAAAGAGUGGAUACAUAGGGCGGGUUGUGAUGGCAGUAGCACAGCGGCCGUUCUUGGCCACUGUGCUGCUUCUUGUCUCCUCGGGGCUCCAUUGCUCCUCUCCAGUACCUGCCUGCCCAGAGCCUUGCACCUGCCAGAGUGCUCCCCUGUUGAACUGUUCCUCCUCCAGCCUAUCCCUGGUGCCUCAAGGCAUCCAAGACUCUGUCACCGACUUAGACUUGUCUCACAACCUCCUUGGCUCUGUAACACUCGACCGACCGCAUUAUAACCUCAGGAAUGUAUGGCUGGGAAACAACAGUAUCACACGCUUGUCUCUCUGCAUAGAGAGAAACCUGGGAGGCCGUUAUGAUAGAGGUAGACAUCGCUUGAGACCUUGGAGUAGACGGGGAUGUGUAUCUUGGGCCCCCACUCUGCAGCUGCUAUCUGUUGAGAGGAAUCAUCUUGAGCAACUCCCAGAGGGUCUGGAAGGUAGCGAGUUGUUGCAGGUUCUGCAGCUCUCCUUCAAUAAAAUCUCAACUCUACAACCAGAAGACCUUAGCCACCUUCAGCAGCUAACAGAGCUACACCUACAACAUAACCUCAUCACCACGCUUCAUCCACAGAUGUUCCAGGAUUUAGCCCAGCUCCGGGUCCUUGAUCUGAGCUUCAACAUGUUGACCAGUCUCCAUCCCUUGAUGUACCUUUCUCUGCGUAACAUCGGGGCAGAUGUUAGGCUGAGUGAAAACAGGUGGCAGUGUGAUUGCAGUAUGCGUGGUCUAAGAAGGUGGAUGGCUUACGACAGCAGCAGAAGCCUGAAGCCCUGGAGUGUGGUGUGUGCGUCCCCCUCCAUCCUCUCUGGCAGAGACCUGCUGCAGUUGGAGGAGGAUGACCUCAACUGUUUCAACACUGACAACAGACCAGAGCUCCACCAAGAUGUGACGGUUUACCGUGGCUCUGAAAUACUGCUGUCUUGCGCUGCACAAGGUAACACGGUCAAAAAAGUGUAAUGUAAUUUAAUGCAUACAGUAUAUAACAAUGUAGCUCAGUCAAACUGCAUGUCAAUAUUGUCUUUUUUGUAGAUUCAAUGUGGUGGACACCCAGUGGCCAAGCAUCUGUGAGCCAACCUCAGGCUGGUCUACUCGUCAAUGACAUCACAGAGAAAGAUACAGGACUAUAUGUGUGUGUGUCUGAAGAACACAAAGUUGUGUCUGUUUUUAACCUACAAAUCAGUAAAAUAGGAGGUGCAAGUAGAAAAACUAGAAGUUUACCCAGAACCAGCCAACAAAUAAUCUCACAAGACACCCCAAAUAGGAUCGGCCAAAAAAUUAAUCAGACUACCCCAGCUACAACUACCUCAUCUGACUUGGCUCUGGCCGUGUGUCUGUCCAUUUUGUUCACAUUCCUGAUAGCCUUUGUCCUUGGAGUCCUUGCAAGACCUUGUGUAGAUAAUCUUUGGAAAAGGGUCGCCAAGAAGAAAAGCUCCCAUGAAACCAAUUCUGUCCCAC